AUGCCGGCCAAGUUAAUGCCAAUAAAGUCCCAAGCUGAACAAAAUCCUGUGGUGAAGUGCCGCCUGCCACCAUCAGCCAGCACUCGUCAACUGGAUGAACAGGAGCUGAGGUGUCUCCACCAGUGCAGUACAGCUCCACCCAGAGGACUGGUCCCGACCGACAGCCCAAAUUUCCUCUGCAGCAGCCUGCCUCAGCACUGGAGGUGUAAUAAGACACUACCAAGAGCCUUUACUGUUGUUGCCCUGGGGAACGAUGUGCCUGAUGGCGUGGUUGUGACAGUGAUGGCUGGCAAUGAUGAAAAUGUUAGCGCCGAGCUACGCAAUGCCACAGCCACCAUGAAGCAAGGCUGUGCCCACUUCAACGACCUCCGCUUCAUCGGCCGCAGCGGCAGAGGUAAGAGCUUCACCUUGACGAUAAACGUGCUGACAUCACCUCCUCAGAUUGCCACCCUACACAGGGCCAUCAAGAUUACCGUGGACGGACCACGGCUGCCCAGACGUCAGAGGCAGAAGGAGAUGAAGGCUGGAGUUUUUAGGCCCACCAGCAGCAUCAGUAGCAGCACAGCUUCAUCAGAAUGCAGAUCCUUUCCUUCCACCUCUCUGUGGAUGAAUGAGUCCUUUCUGGGCCCAGUGACCUCUUUGGCAUCUUCAUUCGCUCCUACUCCCAGAAUGCACCACCUGCCUGCUCUCCCUUACUCUACCCAACCUCCUCCAUACAGUUCCUAUCUGUCUUCUCCUCCUCCUCCCCCCGCUCCGCUCAGCCACAGUGGCCCAUUCCAGGCCGGCAGCUUCCACUACGGGCCCAACCAACCAUUCCAAACCACAGGGGAGGACCGCAAUGUUGUCACAGCACUGACCAAUUACAUUGAAGGGGCAUGUCUUUCCAUGAGAGGGGAGGAGCCUGUUUGGAGACCUUAUUGAUGAUUGGAUUUAUUAUUUUAGCAUAAUGUAAG